AUGGAGGAAACUGCAGCUCUGCUCGCCUCUUCUGUCUCCAAGCAGCGAUUCGCAGGAGUCUCGAAGCUCUCGGAUCAGCUUCGGGCACAGGGAGUGACACCUGCAACCGCUGCCGCUCUAUUGACGCACGUACUGCCUUGUUUACGUGAUCACAACUCGAAGAUCGCUCUGGGUGCACUGGAAAUUCUCGAGCGGCUGCUGCUGGCGCCAGUGGCGGAGAGCACGUUGCGCUCGACGUUCAAGUUGCUCUGGACGAGCGUUGUCGAGCGGCUGGGAGAUAGCAAGCUACAUGUUCGGCAGAAAGCAGUGGACGUUGUUGUUGCAGUGUCGGUGGUGCUGGAUGUGUCGAUAGUGCUGGAAAAGCUUCAGCUUUGUAUGAAGCACAAGAACUGGCGCACGCGCGAGCAGAGUCUGUAUGCAAUGUGGAAAUGUUUGGAGAAGCAUCAUUUGUUCAAAGAAAAACAGGGCGAGCUGUUGGAUGAUGUGCUACAAUCACUCGAGGAUUCGUCAAAGGACGUGCGCGACGCAGCAAUGACUGCGCUGGAAAAGUUUUACACGUAUAUCGGUACCUCGCUAUUGAAUGAUUUGCAAAACAAGAACCUUCGCGCGGGACAGAUGAAGACGCUAGAGGAACGAUUCAAGCAGAUCCCUAAAAGUUCUGGCGUCACUGUACGUGCGCCAUCGUCCUUCGGUACCGCUUCGGUAUACAAUGGCGCUCUCGAGCCAGACAGCAACCUGUCUCAUGCCCUGUCAUCAAAAUGGUCAUCCUCCGAUACGCAGGCUCCCUCAUCGUCAUCUGUGGCACGGUAUUUGGAAUCUGUACGACAUCGCACGGUAAACGAGGCAAAAGCGGUCGCUCUUGUAGCAGAUGGCGAUCGGUCUCCGUCUCGUGAGUCCCCUGGACGAAGUCAGGUCGUGCAAGACUGCAGCUUGCGUGGAACGAGUAGUGACGAUAUCUCCGAUAAGGAUAUUCAAAAACAGCUCGGCGUAGUAUUCAGCAAGCUGCAACAUGACAACGAUUGGGACAAACGUGUGGAUGGGUUGAAGAUGCUCCAAAAACUGGCGAACCGAUGCGCCAAGCGCGGGGCUGCGAUCACGUCUCUAUCUCAAGGUCUCCGCCCGAUUCGCGAGCGACUAUGCCAGCAAGUUGGCGACCUCCGAUCUUCUGUGUCCAAAGAAGCAUGCGAGACCAUCCAGAUUCUUGCCAGAACUCUGACUGAUGAGUUCAACGCUCACGCCGAAAUUUGUCUCGGCAAUUUGCUGAAAGUCACGUAUAUAACUAUCCAAGUAGUUUCGACUGCAGCAGACACUACAAUUCGAGCCAUCAUCGAGAGUACGAGUAACGGCUAUACACGCGUGAUCCCAAAGUUGAUCGAAUGUGCGAGUUCUCGGAAUCACGUGCUGCGAUAUAAUGCGGUGUGCUACUUGACUCUGACCCUGCAGCGUUGGAGCGUCAAUUUUCUGAGCAAACACUCGGAUUUGUUUGUGCCAAUCAUGCCAGUCAUUCUGCGAGACGCGCUCGUCGAUGUGCGCGCGCAGUCACGGAAGUGUUACUGGUCGUUCCAGCAUAUUUUUCCGACAGCGGCUGAGAGCAUAUUCGCCCGCUUGGAUGGACCAACACAAAAGAAUUUGCGUGACGAUUCCUCGAAGUCUACUGCACAAGCAGCACGCGUGACAGAGUACAGUUCGCUGGUUACCCCUGCGCCACCAAAUAGCACACUCGUGCGCCCAGCACUUCGAACGACCAAUACAGCUCAGCCGGCAGCCAGUACGCUUGCUGUAUUGAAUUCCGUGACCUACAAUGUUGUUGAACCGGCCGUACAGCGUGAUGCUACGUCAGAAGAGUCGGCAGCCGGCAAAUUACCGAGGCGUGUGUUCGAAAAGAGUUCGGGUGUACAGGGAGUCGACGCUGCUGGAGGAGGUGCGCAACCUUCGCGAGUACUAUCACAGGGUCCACUACGCGUCGGACUUGCCGCUUCAGCGAGGCCGUCGAUUCCCAAGGACAGUUCCGCUUCAGCGAAUGAAACGAAGAAGAGCACUGCUGUGGGCCCUCUUCGCGUGCGAAACACGCCAACGUCGCUGCAGACGACAAGUGCCACAAAGGAGAGCUUGUGUGCGUCGAGACAAGGGCUAUCGACGGCCGGGAUGCAAACUAGUUUGAUCCCUGCUUCCAAGGUGCAACGAGUCCAGUGCGCAGUAGAACCUCAAGCCCCGACACUAACGGAAAUCGAAGAGAGUGGUCCAAAGAGAUUGCUCGUUGCAUCGAUGCCGUCGCCGACAGCGUCGCAUGCGUCAAGCUCGAGGACAAAUGUCUCAUCGAGGGAUGAUUCGCUCGACAACAGGCCAAAGCGAGCUGUGCCCGCGAAAUCGUCAGAACGGCUCCAGGCUGUUGUGCUGCCUCUUGCGGAUCAUCUUGAGGAAGCUCUUCGUAAGGUUGAAGACGAGUCCUGGUCUACUAGAUUGGAAUCCGUCGAGUUCAUUGGCAAGUUACUUCGAGAGCACGUCGACCAGAUCGCGAAUGGCUCUAGUGAAGACCGCAAAGUGGACGGGCGGAUCUUGAUCGCGUUCAUUAAACAUCUGGGCGAUGCUCACUAUCGCGUCUCACAAGGCGUGCUGAAACACUUCUUACCACUGCUACAGCUCUGUGGCGACAAUCAAAUACUGGCUCCUCAUCUGAAGACGAUUUUGCCGAAGCUGUUUCAGAAGUUUGUUGAUACCAAAGAUGCAACUCGCAUGGUCGCUAAAGAGAAUCUGGAUCACAUUGCGUCGACGGUUGAUAGCUCAACGCUGGCUGCGAGAAUGAUAUCGAUGCUGGGUGACGGGAGUAACAUGAAGGUCAAAGCUGCGAUGUGCCACUACUUGCGCGAGUUGCUGCCUAGAGCAGAAGGAUACAUGAAGAACGGUAUCAACAAUAGUCACAUGAGGUCCUUCCUGCUCAGGAUUGCUUUACUUAUGGAUGCCGACGUUCCCGUUUCGGUUGCAUCAGCUUGUGGCGACCUAGUCUCAGUGGUUGCGCAGCUUUACGCGCGAGAGAUGGAUGUGGCGUUAGGAUUGCUUCCCCCGUCAAAGCGUUCGGUCGUCGCCAAAGUGCUCAAGUCCAAAAAGAUUGUUCUAACCUGCAACUAUCCUGAAAAUCAUUCAGCUUCCUCAACAGCUCCGCACAAGACCCGACCACCGAAUGGGGAUAAUAACAACAACCGUGUCGUGGAAAAGAUCGCACGCAAACCAGAGAGGAGCCGCAAGCGACCAGAGUCACCAAGCGUGGACUCUUCGGGCUCUGCUCAGCAGAACGACCAAAAACGGAUGAACAUGACAUCUCAAUCGAUUUCUGAAGAUCUGAUGAACAAUCGCAUUGCGGGUCAAAGUAACGAAGACGUUGUUACAGCUGUAGCAUCGCCAAGGUCUGUAGUAUCGUCCAGUGUGUUGUUUCCGUGCGGUGGAGUUGCGCUGGACAAGCACGGGACCCAACUCGAAGACAUCCUUUAUACGUUCGAGGAAAACAACAUGUCGGAGGCUGAGGUGAUGCGUGCGCUCUACAGAACGAGGCAUGUGAUCGAGACGACAUCAUGCGGGACUUGGGACCGCUGUUUUGGUCGACUGCUUUUACUGCUUCUCGACGCUGCUACCGAUAAGAACACGAGAGCGCUAGAGGUGCUGCAGAAACUCGUCGCCGCGCAGCCUUCGCGGGCGCAAAUGUUUUCAGAGCUGCUUUUUCAGCGCUUGAUCGAUGCAACGGUCGGUCAAACCGGCGUGGCUUGCCAUCUGAUCAAGCGCAUUCUAGACGACCUGGUGCGCUCAGCUAGCGACCAGCAGCAGAUACUAGCACUGCUGAUGCCGCUAGUCUCGAGCAGCAAACCGCCCGUGCUGCCAAUGGUGCUGCGUCUUACCAAACUGUGCUUUCAGCAUUGCGAGCAGAGCUCGCGUGAGAAGGAUGUGACGUUCUUGCGCAAUGACGACGUGGUUGAUCGUCUCACAAAGUGCAUUGGUCACUCGAACUCGAGUGUCCGCAAGUGCGCCGUGGACUGCCUCGUGGCACUGCACUUUGCAGUCAUGGAAGACAGUCGAUUCGUGCCGACGUAUCUUGCUGCCAACGUCGAUGCGACGCAGCAACGACUUGUCGAGAUCUUCAUUGACCGUGCCAAGAUGACGCGCCGUCCAUCGUGUUGA